AUGGGAUCGGUUUGUUCGUCUGGUAAAGUAGAGAAAAAUAAAAAUGGUGAGAGUAAAGUUUCUGGUGUGCAGAAUCUUAACAGGUUAAAGAGCUUUGUGAACAGAAAGGGAAAUUGUUAUUCAAAUUCAAGGAAACCAAACUCUGGAUUUUCUACUGAAUUUAAACUAGUUGAUGAUACAAAUCUCAAAUUAACAACGAGAAAACAGGUAUCCCAAAGAGGGUCCUUUCUAGGAAGAGCUAGUGAGAAGGCAGUGGAAGUUUUGGACACACUAGGGAGUAGUUUGCCCAAGUUAAGUACCAGUGAUGGUUUUAUCACUGGCAUGGUUCCUAAAAGGAAUAAAAUUUCAAUGUUGGCAUUUGAAGUAGCUAAUACAAUAACAAGAGGAUCAAUUUUGCUUCAUUCAUUAUCGGAGGAAAAUAUUCAGUUACUUAAAAAUGAGAUUUUGCAAUCAGAAGGGGUGCAGAAGUUAGUUUCUAUUGAUACAAAGGAGUUAAUCAGUUUCGUCGAGGCUGAUAAAAGGGAAGAAUUCAAAGUUUUCUCCCGGGAAGUAGUUAGAUUUGGAAAUACAUGUAAGGACCCUCAAUGGCAUAACCUCGAUCGAUAUUUCUUGCGAUCAUAUUUGAAUGCCUUGAGCAACAAACAACCUAGGGUAGAGGCAGAAAAGACUAUGCAAGACUUGUCCUCUCUAGCUCAAAAUACUGCUGAAUUGUACCAUGAGUUAAAUGCAUUGGACCGUUUUCAACAAGAUUAUAACCAAAAGGUUAAGGAGUUGGAGUCCUUAAAUCUUCCUCUCAACGGGGAAGGUCUCACAGCUUUUCAUAGCGAGCUUAAGCAUCAAAGAAAGCUUGUGAAGAGCUUGCGAAGGAAAUCCCUUUGGUCCAAAAAUUUGGAGGAGGUAGUCGAAAAGCUUGUUGAUAUAGCUACACAUAUACAUCAAGCGAUUUUCGAGUUCCUUGGGAAAAAUGCAGGUACAAUUGCAGUAAAAAAUCGUAACGGAGCUCAAAGACUAGGCGAAGCUGGUCUUGCACUUCACUAUGCAAACAUUAUCAAUCAGAUAAAUGUGAUAGCAUCACGACCAACCAUUCUUCCUCCAAAUAUGAGGGACACAUUGUAUAAAGGUUUGCCCAAAAAUAUUAAGAACGCUCUUCCUUCCAGGUUGCAAAACGACGACGUUACAAGAGAGCUCUCCAUUGCUCAAGUCAAAGCUGAAAUGGAUAAGAUUCUCCUGUGGCUUACUCCAUUUGCCACAAAUACGACCAAAGCACACCAAGGUUUUGGAUGGGUUGGCGAAUGGGCAAAUACAAGUAACGAGUUUGUAGAAAAAACAGCAGGCAAAGAAACCAACCUUAUUCGGCUUCACACACUCCAUUACGCCGACAAACAGAAGAUAGAUUUCCACAUCCUGGAACUAUUGGUUCUGCUUCACCAGUUAGUUACUUUUGCAGGAUACAGACACAGUGCCACAAGACCAAUGUCUAGUACAAGAACAUCUUCUCCCAACAAAGGACUUCAUUUUCAGUCAAAGAUGUUGCAAUUCAUUUCACUGACUCAGUUGUCUGAAGAGGAAAGAAGAUUGUUGGAAGAGGUAACUACGAGGAGAUGGAUUCCAGGAAUUAGCAAAAGUGAGAAUCUUGAGGGGACUAAGAAAAAAGAAGCUAUGGUUUGGCAUUUUAGCAACAGUGUUGGUAAUUCACCAGCUAAGUGGCUCUUUGCUACCAAGUUGGACUUGGAUGUUAUGGAUGGCCUAUAA